AUGGCGCAACUUGAAGACAUUGCGCAAGCCGUACGUCUGGAACACUAUAGGAGUCGUCAAGAAGCCGCAAAGGGAUUCGAAGAUGAUCUUGAAUUUUGUCCUUCGUUAUCAGCAGAGGAGCUUGCUGAAAUUCGACGUCAGGUUUCUCAAAUGGUCGGUCAUGGUCAAUCGAAACCAAAUAUAACAUCACCACAACAUAAGCGACCUAUACCCAUUAUCGACCCAAACAACAAAACACCUCUUAAUAUAACUCCUUUAAAAUCAUCUGCAUCAACUGCGGCGCAAGUAUCAACAUUUUUCUCAAGGCCAGGUUCACCAUUUUCUUAUGGUGGUAAUUAUUCACCAACAUAUCAAUCCCUGUCAACUCCUGUUAAAGUGACAAAAUCAAUACCGAUUAUUGAUCCUAAUAGUGGGAAUAUCGUUAAUAUGCCCAAUGGAACCUCAAAUAAUACUAACAAUGGUAAUAAUACCGGUUUUGGUGGUUUCUAUAGCGACAUUUCUGUACGGUAA